AUGCCUCCGGUGUAUAUUUCUUCUAUCUGCUUGUACAAUAAGAAUGAUGCUUACUCAAAAUUCAGCAGUGAAACUGCCAAAUAUAGUGUGCUGAAGAAAUCAUUGUCCAAUGUCUUAAAGUGCUACUACCCUUUAGCUGGCUGCAUUAAAGACAAUCUUAUUGCAGAUUGCAAUGAUGAAGGUGUCUUACUCGUAGAGUUGAAGAAAUUUCUUCCAUGUGAUAUUGAUGGCGCACACCAUUUACCGUUCACUAUUCAAGUCAACUACUUCUCUUGUGGUGGUAUUGCCAUUGGUGCAUGCAUUUCUCACAAGAUUGCUGAUGGCUCAUCCUUUGGCAUUGAAAGCUCGGAUUUCUAUUAUGACAAAGAGAAGCUUGUAUUAAAGAGAUUUGUGUUUAGUUCUGCUUCAAUUGAGGCACUUAAAGCAAAAUAUGUAGAAAGCUCAGGCUUAGAAUACCCGGUAUACCCCAGCCGUGUUGAGGCCUUGUUGGCUUUUAUAUGGAGUCGACAUGUAGUUGCCACUGAUCAAAUGAAGUCUAAGAUUGAAAGGCUGCACAUAAUUCUUCAUACAGUGAAUUUGAGGACGAGAAUGGAUCCCCCAUUAUCUGACUAUUCUUUUGGAAAUUUAUUCCAAGUCACAAUAACCAUCGUGUCUAAAGAAACCAGCUGGGAAGAUUGGUAUGGCAUUGUGGUCAAGUUGAGAGAUGCAAAAAGAAAAAUUGACAAGGAUUACGUGAAAAAACUACAAGGUAGUGAACACUUAGAUAUUCUCAAAGAGCUGAGUGGAAAAAUCAUGACACAAGAUAAUGUUAUCUUAAAUUUCACUGCAUUAAUUGUGCGGGUUUCCUUGAUAUGA